GCAAAAAAAAAUGAAAAGAAGCUAAACCAUUCGUUCAUCGACGUUGCGAAAAUUUUAUCAUCAGAGAAAUGUGGAGACCGCUCCUACUACUCUCGCUGUUGUUUUGUAACGAUCUCACUGUCGCUAAAGCUACCGCGUCGACUCAGCUGAUUCUCCUCCCGAGUCAACACGGAGAUCGUACGUGCUCAGCUCCGGAUCCGAACCUGAACGACAAGCCGAUCAUCGGGAUUCUGACUCAUCCUGGCGUCGGCACAUUUGACGCUCCUCAUGAUCACUCUCUGAGCUACUACGAGAAGAACGUAUCGUAUAUCGCAGCUUCGUACGUGAAGUUCGCUGAGACGGGUGGAGCUCGUGUGAUCCCGCUCAUCUACAACGAGCCUCAAGAAAGGCUGUUUCAGAAGCUAGAACUGGUCAAUGGUGUGAUAUUCACUGGUGGCUGGGCUAAAGAAGGAUUGUAUUUUGAUAUAGUCCAAAAGAUCUUCGGUAAAGUUCUAGAGAAAAAUGAUGCCGGAGAGCAUUUUCCUGUAUACGCCAUGUGCCUCGGAUUCGAGAUUUUGUCAAUGAUCAUAAGUCAGAGUCGAGACAUUCUUGAAAGGUUUAACUCAGUGUAUUAUGCAUCAAGUCUCCAAUUCAUUGAGAAUGUUAACAUCGAAGGAACCGUUUUCCAAAGAUUUUCUUCAGAGCUGUUGAAAAAAAUCAGCACAGACUGUUUGGUUUUGCAAAACCAUCAGUUUGGUAUCUCACCAGAGAACUUUCUAGCCAACCCUUCUCUGUCUAGUUUCUUCAGUAUCCUUACAACCAGCGCUGAUAGAGACGGCAAGACUUAUGUUUCAACUAUUCGAUCAAAAAGAUACCCAGUGACUGCCUUCCAGUGGCAUCCAGAGAAAAAUGCAUUUGAGUGGGGAUCAUCUGAAAUUCCACACUCUGAGGACGCAAUCCAGGUGACUCAGCACGCUGCUAACUAUCUAGUCAGUGAAGCUAGAAAGUCACUCAACAGACCAUCUUCUGAGAAAGUGCUAAGCAAUCUCAUCUACAACUACAAGCUAGUGUACUCUGGAUACAAAGGGAGCGGUAACGACGAGGCUUACAUUUUCACCUAGCUAGUUUUCCAAGAUAAAAAUCCCCUUUUAUAGCAAUAAGAUUAAAAGAACAGAAAAGUAUUAUUACUAACAAAGAAUAGUCUCUAAAAAGAGAAGAUGGAAACACUUCCAUCAUAAGCUUGCUGAGCAUGACGUCCUCUACACUUUCAUAAGCCUCACGUCCUCUA